CACCGGCUCAGGUUGCCAUGGAGUCGGGAGGUGGUUGCCAUGGAGACUGACGUGCGAGGACCAGCCAAUCAGUGCGGAGCUGCGGCUCCAGCUCACCUCUUGGAUGGAGGCACCGGGCUGGGCGGGGACCCCCGGCCCGUACAGGUGGGGGGUCGGGAGGCAAGGCAGGGGGGCUGCGCCGCCGCCUCCCCCAAAGUGCCCGGCACCCCGAGUUCUGGCAACCCGCCGCCUCUUCCCGACCCGGCGAUGCCACCCCGGGGUCGGCCCAGCUUCCGGCGGGCUGAGAACCUUGUUCCUGUAAAGGGGCGGGAGGGGUGCUGCGGGAAGGGCAGGGCCGCGCGGGGCGGGAGGGGGCGCGCCGGGCGGAGGGAGGGAGCCGCCCCCACUCCCUGCGCACCGUGCGCUCCGCAGUGCCUGGCGCGUCCGCGCACUCUCACUCGGGGCGCAGGGAGGGCGGGGCGGCGCUGACGUCAUCCACUGACACCCCCCCCAUCCCCCGGGCGAGGGGCGGUGGCCGCACAGGCUCCACGGGACAGACGCACGGACGGACCAGGACGGAGGGACGGGCGCACGGCCAGGCCAUGCCCGGGGAGGCGGCCCGCGCGGAGCUGCUGCUGCCGGAGGCGGGCGGGCCUGGGUCCCGCACAGAUCUGUCCUGUGACGCAGCUGCGGCCACCACCCCGAGAGGGGACCGGCUGGAGCCCUGUGCCCUGGCUCUCACGUUCCCGCCCAGCAAGCCAGGCGCCCGGCCCCCACCCGAGGGAGCCAGCUGGGAUGCAGGGCCCCACCUGGCCCCCUUGGCCUGGGCAGUCCCAACGGAGGGCAGUCCCAGCCCAGGGCCCCCCGAGGUCCAGCUCACCGAGGGGACUCUCCCAGGCACCCUGGAACCCCGGAUUGUGAUGGGCGAGGAGACAUGCGGGGCACCCCCGCCAUCCCGGGAAGCCCUGCCAGAGCUCAGGGACCAGGAGGGCGGGCCCGCUAGCCUGAGCCCACCCCCUGCGCUGUGUUCUCAGGGUGACCUUCCUGUGCCUUUCCCUGCCGUGGACCCCGAUUCCUACUUCACACCUCCCUCCACCCCUAGUGAGACCGCUGCCCCCCUGCUGCCCGGUCCCAGGGAUGCCCAGGUUGAGCCCGGGGACUCGCUGCCUGCUUCGCCCUCGGGCUCCUACAUCACGGCGGAUGGGGACAGCUGGGGCUCGUCCCUGUCCUGCUCCCUGAGCCUGCUGGCCCCGGAUGAAGGGCUGGACGUGCCCUCAGCCUGGGGCUUCUCCCCGCCAGGGUCUGAGGCCGAUGAGCAGGAGCUGCCGCCUGUGGGGUCUCCUGGGUCCCUGUCCCCAGAGUCCAGCCUCUCUGGGGACAGCAGCUCUUCCUGGGACCAGGAGGGCCACUUCUUUGAGCUGGACUUUCUGGCCAAUGACCCGAUGAUCCCAGCCGCGCUCCUGCCUUUCCGGGGCAGCCUGAUCUUCCAGGUGGAGGCUGUGGAUGUGACGCCGCUGUCCCCUGAGGGGGAGCAGGAGGAGCAGGAGGCCCCCGACGGGGACCUGGCUGGCGAGGAUGACAACGACAGCACGUUCGCCUCCUCCCUGCAGUCACUGUCUGACCUCUCCAUCACCGAGGGCGUGGACGAGGCCUUUGCCUUCUGGGAUGACACCUCAGCCGCCUCCUCUGACCCUGACUCGGCCUCCUAUGCAGGGGCAGAGGAUGAGAGGCUAUACAGCGGGGAGCCCCAUGCGCAGCCCACCACCCGGCUCCAGGACGGCGCUGAGGAGGAGGCCACUCCUGGGGUCUCCAAGGAAGAGGCCGGCCGAGCCACCGAAAUUACCGGGGCAGGCCCCACCGCAGACCGGGUGUCCACUGUGGUCCCACAGGAAGCCCCAGGCCUCGCAGGGGCGACCCCUCAGGCCCAGCAGGGAGGGGCAGGCUUCUCCACAGGAACAGCGCCUGUUGCCACAGCCACACCUCAGCCCCUGCAGGAGGGGCCUGGCGCUGCCUUAGGCCUGAAGCCCCCAACCCAGCUCUGGACCACGCAGGGGGAGGCGGUCCUCGCGGCUGGCCCGGAUGCUCAGCAGGACCUGGAGGAAGAUGCAGGCCAGGUGUCCCCGCAGGGAGAAGGGGACCCUACCCCUGUGACCACGUAUCUGCCCCUGCAGGAUGCAGGCCUCCCCUCAGACCAGGGGCCUGCCACUGAGGCCAGCCCUUGGGCCCUGCAGACAGAUGCAGGAUGCCUCCCAGGGACUGAGCCCAUGGCCACUGCAGCCCAGCGGGAAGGAGGCCAGACCUUGGGACUGAAGCUACCGGCUGAGGAGAAGGACUCAGGCCAUACAGGAGACCCGGAGCCUCUAGCCUUGGACCAGACUCAACAGGGUAGCCCGGAGUCAGCUGCAGACACUGGGACACCCUGGGCCUCGAAUGGAGACGUAGGCCCCCGCAAACCCGCCUCAGAGACCCCAGAUGUCCCAGAUGCCUCUGAGCCUACCACAGAGGCCCCAAACACCCCUGAACCCACCUCGGAGGCCCCAGACCUCCCAAAGCCCACCUUGGAGGCCCUGGACACCCCUGAGCCCGCUGCAGAGACCUCAGACCCCAUGCAAUCCCCCAAGGAGGACCCGGACUCUGCAGACCUCCCCGAGGAAGCCUUGGACCCCCUCAAACCAGCCUUGGAGACCCUGGACCCUCCGUAUCCCCCCACAGAGGCCCUGGGUGCCCCUGGACCCACUUCUGGUGGGGAAGAAGCAGCUGAGGGCCUGCUGGCUCCCGACAGGGUGGCCUGUUGCGACGCCCACCUGCCUGGCGGUGGGGGAGCUGAGUCCUGCCUGCCCCUGAAGGAGGCCCCAGGAGCUGAGAGCCAGGGGGCUGGAGGCCUCGAGCCGGCUUCCCAGGGCACUGGGAAGACUCCUGGGAGUGGCUGCCCCGAGGUUGGCCUGGUGCCGCCCCCGAGCACAGCAGAGGAGGGAAGGGCCACCCUGGGACCCACGCUUCCUGCUGCCAUGGCCUCAGAGGCCAAGCUGGGCUCUUGCCCAGAGUCUUCAUCAAGGCCAAGUGGAGGCCGCCCUGAAGAGCCCGCCCCCACGUCCCCACCGCCCUCCCCGCCGCAGCCUGUGCGAGGCCCAGGCGGUGAAGAGCAGGCCCAAGCGGCACCUGGAAUCCUCAGCCCGUCCUCACCGCAGCCCCAGGACAGGCUCCCAGGCCCUGAGCCCUCUGCUCCUGGUGUCCUUGUGGGGACAGCCCCAGCCCCCUCCGCGUCCCCCGUCCCCUGCCCUUGCCAGGGCCCCCAGGAAGACUCUGUGGAGGGCGUGGGGCCCCCGGGCUCCCCCAGCCUCCCGCCACCCCAGGCAGGAGCCCAGUGGGCAGUGGCUGCCUUCUCAGGAACCACGAACCCCCCUGGGGCCGGGCAGCGGGUCAGCCUCCCGCCUCACUCUCCCCUCCUCAGCCCCAAGGUGGCCCCCAUGGGGGACGCCCAUGCCAAAGAGCUGGCCUUGCGGAUCCCGCCCCCCUGCCAAGUGCCUCCUGGCUCUGGGUCUCGGAGCCCAGCCAGUCCUCAACGGCUCCCAGCAGCCAAGCAGCAGGAUGACCAGGACAGCCUGGAGGAAGAGUCACCCCGGGCUCCCGGCUCAGGCCAGCACUCGGACAGCCACGGGGAGUCGUCCGCCGAGCUGGAGGAGCAGGACCUGUCAGGACCACAGGCCGCACAGUGCCUGGCCCAGGCCUCAGCCAGUGGCAGCGAGGACACCGUGGCCAAAGCGAAGCAGAGCCGCAGCGAGAAGAAGGCUCGAAAGGCCAUGUCCAAACUGGGCUUGAGGCAGAUCCAGGGCGUCACCAGGAUCACCAUCCAGAAGUCCAAGAACAUCCUCUUUGUCAUCGCAAAGCCUGACGUCUUCAAGAGCCCCGCCUCCGACACCUACGUGGUCUUUGGGGAGGCCAAGAUUGAGGACCUGUCCCAGCAAGUGCACAGAGCCGCUGCUGAGAAGUUCAAGGUGCCCGCGGAGCCCUCCACCCUGGUCCCCGAGUCGGCGCCUGGGCCGCGGGUGAGGCCGGAGUGCGAGGAGGAGGAGGAGGACAAGGACGAAGAGGAGGUGGACGAGGCUGGGCUGGAGCUCCGGGACAUUGAGCUGGUGAUGGCACAGGCCAACGUGUCCAGGGCCAAGGCCGUGAGGGCCCUCAGGGACAACCAGAGCGACAUCGUCAACGCCAUUAUGGAGCUGACCAUGUAGCCACCGACCAGCCCCCCGGCUCCAUCCCUGCUCCCAGCUCUGCUGCUCAAUAAACGGGUGUCCCAGCCUCUCUG